GGGAUCCGUAUGUCUAGCCUAUCUCUAUAGUUCGUUGUGCAAAAACUCCCACAAAGACACAUCUACAUUUUCUGGAUGUGCUGUUUUGCUACAAGCAUGGGGAUGGUCAAGACUACCGCCUCUAGCACCGGUCAAUAACAACCCCUUCACUUUUCCAUAUGCAAAAAAAUGGUCGGCACGUGGUAUGAAUUACAGCAGAUGUCCGAGACACUGUAUUACUCAGUAUCGCAACCUGUUGGAUCACCUUCGACCGACAGACUUCAUUUGGCGUCCAUACCUUAAUAUGGAUCAUGAGCAUCAGGUCAACCCUGAAGACGCAGCCGUAUGGACAGCAUGCACACCGAUAAUACGGUUCACAACAGUGGAGAUGCACAACACCGAUCGUGUGAAGCUGCAGUUCGGUAUGGUCCAGAAUAUCCCAGACCCCCCAGCUAGCCUAGGAGAAUGGCAUAUGCGUAAAGUGAACGACCAAUGGAACUACAACCCUUGGCAAACCUUCGCAAGAUCAGAGUGUCGCAAGUGGAAGCACCGUCAUGACCAUGUCUUAACUGACGCAGUCAUGCCAAAUGAGGUAAAACCAAGUCGUACUUAUAUGGCUUGGUACAGAUCGGUUGGAUUUCAAUUCAUCGCCAAUGAUAUGUACCUCUACGACCCACGCCAGACAAGUUACACACAAGAAGGAUCAACAUCUAACCCCCAACAACAUUCUCAGCCCGGUUACUCACAACCACCUAUCCGUCAAACUUUCCGUUCCACAAACACACAAACAUACAACCAAAACAUGUCAUUCACCCAACCCCAAUACCAAGAACAUCCCCCAUACCACCACCAACAAAUGGACCAUCAACCUCAGACCGAAGAUCGCUUCGCACCCACACCAUCACCCUACCAAAGUCGCCUUAGCCAAAACACUAACCGCCCCAUCACCUACCGUAGCCAAGAACCCCAAACAUCACAAUACCAAAACAUCCCAUAACCAUAUGUCUUCCAAACACCCCAACAACCUUUCCAACCUUUCCUAGACCCAUCAUUGUCACCCAUGUCUCCCUUCAACCGUCCCGGUCGCCCAUCCAUGAGUCAACCACACCCCAACUUCUCUGGCAUGGGUCAUGAGCUCAGCUACGCCGGUACACCAUCAUUGAAUACUGAAGACUAUGCUGAGUUGGCUGAAUACCUCAACGGAUCUUCUCCUGUAGGAGGUAAUGACGCUCCUGGACCAUCAGAUGAACAAACACCGGUGCAGAAUCGUCAACGUGGGUUAGGGCCAAGGGUUAGGGUAGCUAGGGGAUGUGGGACCGGAGGUCGGUUAGGUGAU